AUAUUCAUCGGAAUUGGUGAUGUCAGCAUCGUUUCAGUGCAGCCUCUCCGACUCGGAUAGAUCUGAAACGAAAGGAAAUGAAGUAGUUGAGACAAACAACGAUGAUAUCUCUUCUGUACAUGAUUCAGGGACAAAGCUGAACACGACUCACGUAACAAUACAGCUUCCUGAAAGUAUGCAGGGGAACUCGAUUAGUCAACAAAAGAUGCAGGAAUUAAUUGUACACCUCUCCCAAUCUGGUCAACUUAAAGAUGAUGGCAAAAUUAUUAUAGAGGUUAAAGGUUCUCAAGAAAAAGCCAAGGAAAGGUCGUCCGAAGGAAGUUCUGAGGAGCUCCCGGCUCAGCAAACAUCGUGUUCCGUGAAAGCACCACAAACGCAUUCUAUUAAAUAUGUAACUGUUCAGCAGGCAUCAGCCACCACUGGGCCGAGCAAUUUGCAAAAAACCACCUUUAUCAAAACAGCGAAUGGUCCAAUUCAAAACAAGAGUGAUGCGCAUAACCAAUCUACUUCUGCACAAGGGCAGGCAGAACAUAAGGGCUUGGGAACCCCUGCCACAUAUCACAUUUUAACAUCAACUAAUGGUCAGCAUUUGCAGCAAUCAGGUCAAGGGCAACAGCCUGCCUACAUUCUUAUACCGGCAACUCAGCAGACACAACAAAUUAGUGUUGCUCCUUUGAAUUCUCCCUCUUCUGCCUCUUCCUCGGCUCCAAUUCGUGUUGUCAACCAGGGAGGUCAGCAUAUAAUACUGCAGCAUGCGGGCAAUCCGUCAGCAACUUCGACACCGAUCAGUAGUUUCUCUUUGAAAACAGCCAGCAUGCUGAAGGACGGUGAGCGUAGCGUGGUUGUUCUGCAGCAGCAACAUCAAAAUCCAGCUCCUAUUGUGCCGGUGCGUCCUUUCGUUCAACAGCACAAUAACCGCCUUCCGCCAGCACCGCCCGCAAUUGCAGCUGCCGCUACCUCUGCCACCUUCUCCACCAACACUUCAACAUCAUCUGUCCGAGUCUCACGUGGUGGUAGCCUUGGUUCCUCGGGGAAGGAAUCUUCAUGGCAGCAGUACGUUAAACAAUUUGAAAAACUGGGUCCUUGCCCAAUUUGUGGGGACAAAAUAUCAGGUUAUCACUACGGCAUCUUUUGCUGCGAGUCAUGCAAGGGUUUCUUCAAGCGCACCGUGCAGAAUUCAAAGCGUUAUGCAUGCCAUAUGGCUACACCGUCCUCCCUUUGUGAUAUUACGGCCACUUCGCGCAAGAAAUGUCCUGCCUGCCGCUUCGUCAAGUGCCUUGAAAAAGGAAUGCGGAUGGAAGCAAUUCGCUCAGACAGAACUCGUGGCGGUCGCAGUAUGUAUCCAGGGUCGCGCUACCUGCGCCAGCUGGCUGCACGUGCCUCCGGAGGAGGCGAGGUGAAAUGCGAACUGAAAGGAACCUCCACAAGUGGUGUCUCGACUCUUCCCGCUAUUGCACCUCUUCCCAACUCCGUCGUCAGUACCACUUCAAGUGCUACUACGGAGCCAUUCUCGAAAAUCGAUGGUGUGCAUAUAAUGUCCCUUGGUGUAGGCAGUGGGGUGGCCUACGAAAUACCUGCCUCCGAGGAUGUUGGCGGUGGUGUUUACUUGGACCCAGCAGUGUUGGAGGAUACUGGAGGCAGCGGCCCGGCCUCAUCUUCCGCAUUUCACGAUGAAUCAGUCUACAGAAUCCCUGUGCGAAACCAAGAAAAUAUUGACAUGCCUAAGGUGAGGUGUGCCAAAAACAUUAAACAGAAAUUCAAAUGUCAUGCUUCGGUUCUUUGUUGGUGCGAUUUUGCUUGGUUGACCCUCGAAAUUAAGCGCUACAAAACUGGCAUAUUACUGUGCGACGCGGUUACCAAACAUAUACUUCGCGAGAUUAUCAAAGUUGAAGAAUCAGUGGAAUCUGAGCCAGAGGAACGGCUGGAUUUCGACAGCACCGAUGCCUCUCAAAUCGGCAUCGGCACAUUGCCUCCUAGUGUAACGGAAGAAGAGGCAGCUGUUUAUCGGGCUUUGCUCAACCUCGCUGAUCAGCGUCUUUAUCGCAUUGUUAGAUGGUCUCGGGCACUCCCCGUCUUUAGUAAUUUAGAUACAGAUGACCAGAUAUUGCUUCUCCAAAAUUGCUGGGCGGAUCUUCUCUGUUUGGACUGUUGUUGGAAGUCACUUCCCACACCAACGGAGAUUCGACUAACUUCGACGAAGUGCAUCAACCUUGACGCUGCUCGUGAGAUGGGCGCUGAAGGUCUUGUGGACAGCUUACUUCGCCUGACUCAGGACCUUAAACGGCUUCGCUUUGGACUCAUAGAUUUUGCGUGUUUAAAGGUCUUCCUUCUCAUGCAAGGCGAACUUGUUAAUCUCAAGGCAGCGCGUCAGGUUAAACAGUUCCAGGAAUGUGUAAGCCAGCUGUUGAUGGAUUACAAUGCUACAUCGUGUGCUGAUGUUCCAAGCAAAUUUACUGAACUUCUCGUGAGGAUACCCGAGCUACAAAGAACUAGUGCAAUGGCUCGUGAGCUCCUUGUUGAUAAGGAUCUUUCCCCUUACCUUUCGGCAAACUCUCUUCUUAUGGAGCUUCUGCGUAGCGACUUCCAUAGGCAGCCCGGCACUAUAAUGCCACCCUCUUCUGUUGGAUCAGUGGCGAUGGAUACCGGCGGUCAGACUACCAACUUCCUUGCCGGCCAGCAUCGAACCGAAGACGAUGCUGAAGAACGCCACCGAGGUGUAUUCCAGACCAGUGAUACGCUGGGCACGGAGGCCAACUCAUACUCCACCAAUGGGCCACUCUGA